AUGGAGGUGGUGAUCCAGCUCAAGGAAGGAGCGAACCUGGCCGCCCACAGUCAGGAUGACAUCCUCCGGGCAGUUCAGGACGAAUACUUCAACCGCUACUUGUCACAGCUCGGCAUUGCCCCGACCGCUGCGAACAAGGCGCAGAUGAUGAAGUUCCGGCCGAUGGAUGACUGUGAAGUCCACGGUGUUUGGGCUGACGACACCUCGGGCUUUGCCUCUGCGCUGCGCAUCGCCCCGCCCCUACGGCACCGAGUCGGCUACCAAGAGAGUGAGCCUUUGGAUAAAGAUAUCAUCAGCCACCUCUACGGGGAGGCAGAGGACAUUCCCGUGGAGCCGCCCAAUGUCCCGGGGCGCACCAUCUUCCCCGUGGACGAAGAAAAGAUGUUCCCUCAGGAAGAAAGGUGGAAGGUCACCGAGAUCAUGGCGGAGCUGCACAAAGCGAGGGGCGACUUCCAAGAACGCCAGGGUCGACGCUCCCGGGCGGCAGGCCCCACAGGCGGGGCUCACCCAGCAGGGGCUAGCCUGGACAGCGACCAGCGGCAACGAUUCCGACAGGAGCUGGAGAUGCUGAAGAGCAAGUACAUCUUGCCAUAUGCCUGUGAACGCCCAGUGCAGGAGGGAAGCAAGAGAACCCAGUUGAUUCCUUGGGCACCCAGUGGGCCCUUGGAUUUGCCGCUGGAUGGGGAUGCCCAACAGCAGGUCGCUGAACCCUUAGCGAUUGAGAUUGAGCAAAUUCAAGUGCAGAUCAAGGCAUGGGUCCAGGGUCAACUACCACUGGAGCUCCUAAGUUCGCGCGGCCGACAAGAGCCCCAGCUCCUUUCAGAUUUGCGUGCAACGCUCUGGCAGACAGAGGUUUGUCAGUUGAUUGGCUUGCUGGCGCACUUGCUCUACUGGCUGGCUUUCGCUUGCUGUCGAAGGCCGGAGCAUCCUCGGCUCGGUCAGCAUGCCUUGCAAGGAAUGGUGGCAGCCGCACACGAGCAGUGGGUGAGCUUGGAGCGGAGAUAUAAGAACAGCAAGUUGGGCAUCAGCUUGGCGAUGCCUUGCCUUCUACUCACGCUCAAGUAUGGCAUCGAAGUGUGCUUCGAAUCUCAGUAUCCGAGUCUCUUCGGCGAGAAGACCGGCGAAUGGGCGCUGCGACAAGCUCUCAUGGAGCGCAUCAACACGCUGCUGAUGCGACUCUUUGACCCGGAUGGGACCUUGAGCCGCUUCGGGCGAUUAGAUGCGGCGGAGAACCCCUUCAACCUCUACAAGAAGCUGGAACUGAAGGCUGCGCAAAGCAGCCCCGGCGGCACGCGCUUGAAGCAGUUGCAAAGCCGCGCCGAUCGAGCCACCCCACUGGUGCGGGCCGCUUUGCAGGGUGCCGGUGGUGCUGAGCACCCCAAGACCCGACAUUUGCUGGGCGAGCAGGCCUUGGGCACCGGCGUCGUGGUGCCCUCCGACGAGAGAUACCGAGACAAGCUGUUGAAGGCAGCACACAGCCGGAUCGGAGCGGUGACUCCGUGCGGUCUGCCGCCGGUCACCACGCCACGUCGGAGAGACGCACAGGUGAGAGAUGCUCGACGAGGCAGACUGAGCAGUCGGCUCGCUAAGCGACGCACUGAGCACCUGCCUUCGGCGUCCGGGGCAAGAGGCCCUGGUCGCGCAUUCGGUGGGAGAUGUCCCUGA